AUGUGCUGGAUUCUGACCUCUGCCAGAUUCGGGACACGCUCCAGGGACAUGGGACUCCAGGUUUAUCUUCUGCUUCUCCUCCCAUGGCUGACAGGGGCCAUCCUGGAUAUCACCCUGAUCGCCAAUGUGCAGAGCCUGUCGCACUCUGACUUCUACCUGUCCUGCGUCAUGGGGGAGCGCGACGUGAGCUACCUGCAGAUCGAGAGGGAGAACAAGAUUGUGAUGACACACCCUAAGACAGGCUUCCAAAACUACCGCAACCGCAGCAACCACGUCCAGGCCAGGGGCUUUUCCAUGGCUGACCUGGUGGGGAUCCUCUACUGCCUGGGGCGCACCCCAACCGAGCAGGCACAGGUUGUCUAUGUGCACAACAGCCACAACGCCCACCUCUUCCCAGUGAAGGCCACGCAGUCUGUGAACAUCGCCGAGCCGGCCACCUUCUCUGCCAGGGUCCUCAAGAGGAAGCAGACAGACGUUAUGUGGAAAAGAAAUGGCACAUACUACCAGACCACGGACCGUGGCGAGGUGCGGGGCGACCUCGUCAUUCUGACACUCCCCAACGUCAGUGUGAGCGAGAACGGUGUCUACAGUGCCACGUUCAUGGGGGACAGCCCUCUGUGGAGUGCCUUCUACCGCCUGAUCGUGAGAGCCUGUCCUGCAAAGAAAUGGGGACCAUCCUGUGAAAAGGACUGUCCUGACUGUCUGAACGGCGGCAUCUGCCAUGACCAUGUUGGUGAAUGUGUCUGCCCUCCUGGCUUCAUGGGCACCCGCUGCGAGCGAGCCUGCAGGGAAGGCCAGUUUGGCCGCAAUUGCCAGGAGACAUGCCAGAGAGCCCAGGGCUGCAGAGGGCUGAGCUUCUGCCUACCAGACCCCUACGGCUGCUCCUGUGCCUCUGGCUGGAGUGGCUCCCGCUGCAGCCAAGCCUGUCCCCCAGGAUACUAUGGCCCCGACUGCGCCCUGGAGUGCGCCUGCCGGAACGGAGGCAGCUGGAACCGCUUCCGUGGCUGUGUCUGCCCGGCGGGCUGGCAUGGGCAGCACUGUGAGAAGUCAGACCGGUUCCCUCAGAUCAUCCAUCUGGCUUCGGAGCUGGAGUUCAACCUGGGCUCAGAGCCUGUUGUCAGCUGCGUGGCCACGGGCAACCCACUGCCCACCAGUGACAGCGUGGAGCUGCGCAAGGCUGAUGGCACUGUGCUCAAGCUCAUCAAAGCCAUCAUCGAGUCAGGGCAGAUCACCUGCGAGUUUCAGGUACGACGCCUGACAAAGGCAGACACGGGGCUCUGGGAGUGCCGGGUCUCUACUACUGGUGUCAUUCCUUCCUUCCCCCCACAAGUGCCACCAGCGCCCCUGAGCCCCCCCCGGCUGCUGGCCAAGCAGAGCCGCCAGCUCGUAGUGUCGCCUGUGGACUGCUUCUCUGGUGAUGGACCCAUUGUCUCCAUCAAGUUGCUCUACAAGCCCAAGGAUGACACCUCAGCAUGGUCAUCCAUUGUGGUUGACAACAGUGAGAAUAUCACCCUCAUGAACCUCCGGCCAGUGACUGCCUACAUCGUGAAGGUGCAGCUGAGCCGGCCAGGGGAUGGUGGGGAGGGCAGCAAGGGGCCCGAGGCCAUCAUGGUGACCGAGUGCCUUGAGCCCACAGUCAAGCCUGUGAUCGAAGGUUGGUCCAUAGAGGAGAAAAACACACUUCACGUCAACUGGAAAUUGCCAAGUAACCACGAGCCAGCACAUGGGUUCAUCGUCCACCUCUUUGACUCUGCAAAGCGGCUGGUCUCCGAGAAAAACAUCACUUCCAUCUCCGUGCUCUCUGCCCGCAUCGGCAACCUGGAGUUCAACAAGGAGUACGGGCUGGAGGUGCUGGUGUACCACUGCACCAGCCUGGGGCCGCCCUCCGACCUCUACAAGGUCAUGAUCAACAGCAAAGGUCCCUCCUCACCACGGUCGCUCUUGGCAGAGUCCGUGUCUGACAAUGCUGUCAGGCUCUCCUGGCAGGUCCCCGAGUACCCCAAUGGGGGCAUCACCAAGUACAUCGUGGAGCUGCAGCAGGUGGGGGGCACCAGUGAGCCCCAGUGGAUCGACACUGACAGUGGCGCAGAGACCACCAAGAUCGUUGGGGGCCUCAACGCCAGCACCAGUUACCAGUUUCGUGUCCGUGCCAACUCCCAUGUUCCAGGAGAAUGGAGCCAGCCUGUGAAAGCCAAGACCCUGGGGGACGGAGCACUGAGCGUGCCGCCCAGCCUGGGCAGCCAGAGCACUGAGCAGGCAGGAAUAGACCAGCAGCUACUCCUGGCCAUCGUUGGCUCCGUGUCCGUCACCUGCCUCACCAUCCUCUUUGCCCUCCUGGCUCUUUUCCUCAUCAAGAAGAACUUUUUCCACCGGCGCCGCACCUUUACGUACCAGUCUGGCUCGGGCGAAGAGACCAUCCUGCAGUUCAACUCGGGGACCCUGACCCUGACGCGCCGGCCCAAGCCGCAGCCCGAGCCCCUCAGCUACCCCAUCCUGGAGUGGGAAGACAUCAAAUUUGAGGACAUGAUUGGGGAGGGCAACUUUGGGCAGGUCAUCAGGGCCAUGAUCAAAAAGGACGGCCUGAAAAUGAAUGCGGCCAUCAAGAUGCUGAAAGAGUUUGCUUCGGAGAAUGACCAUCGUGACUUCGCGGGGGAGCUGGAGGUGCUGUGCAAACUGGGCCAUCACCCCAACAUCAUCAACUUGCUGGGUGCCUGCGAGAACAAAGGGUACCUGUACAUUGCCAUCGAGUAUGCUCCCUAUGGAAAUCUCCUUGACUUCCUCCGCAAAAGCCGAGUCUUGGAGACAGACCCUGCAUUUGCCAAGGAGCAUGGCACUGCCUCCACCCUCACCUCCCAGCAGCUCCUCCAGUUUGCUUCAGAUGUGGCCAAGGGGAUGCAGUACCUGAGUGAGAAGCAGUUCAUUCAUAGGGACCUGGCAGCAAGGAAUAUCCUAGUGGGAGAAAACCUGGCCUCCAAGAUUGCUGACUUCGGCCUCUCUAGAGGGGAGGAAGUCUAUGUGAAGAAGACGAUGGGUCGCCUGCCAGUUCGCUGGAUGGCCAUUGAGUCCCUGAACUACAGCGUGUACACCACCAAAAGUGAUGUGUGGUCGUUCGGCGUCCUUCUCUGGGAGAUUGUCAGCUUGGGGGGGACGCCGUACUGUGGGAUGACAUGUGCUGAGCUCUACGAGAAGCUGCCCCAGGGCUACCGCAUGGAGAAGCCACGCAACUGCGACGACGAGGUGUACGAGCUGAUGCGGCAGUGCUGGCGUGACCGCCCCUACGAGCGCCCACCUUUCGCUCAGAUCUCCAUGCAACUCAUCCGCAUGCUGGAGGCCAGGAAGGCCUAUGUGAACAUGGCCCUGUUUGAGAACUUCACCUACGCGGGGAUCGAUGCCACUGCUGAGGAGGCGUGA